ACACACACACACACGCACGCAUCCAAACAACCACAUCUAGAGUAUCCCUUCUUGCACAAUAGAAGAAAGACCGAGACAGCCGUAAAGCCCUAAAGGGGAAACCGUGGUCCAUUGACGUUGUCUUCUACAGAAACCCUCCCCCGCAGCCACAGCUGAUGAUGGAGCUUUUAGCUGCAACCGCUACGGAACUUAGCCAGGCGCUAGCGGUGUAGGCUCGUUAAAAUGUGUGUGAGGGGGGUUUGCUGGUCGUCAUAUGAGGGCGCUUGUCAGCGAGCGCAGUAAAUAUGUGUUUAAUAAUACUAACUAGUCACUCAAACGUGCCUUUAUACCAAACCGGCGUUUGAGUACCACGCGUAGAUCGGUGCUACUCGCGUUAGCUUCGUGUGUAGUUUGACGGUAGGAUCAGAGGAGGUACACCGGCUAGCCGCUAGCUGGUUAGCAACACACAGCGCAGGAUCGACUUGAGUUUGAAGGCUGCUGGUUUUCAAGUGGUUGCAACGAGACCUGGAGGAGCACCGGGCCUGAGCCUCGGGCUGUCAAAGAUGUUCAACGCUUUCCCCUCUGCAUCAUCAGAUCCCUCCUCGUCUAUUUGACUGGCUAAAAUAUUACUCCCAAACCAAUCCCGCAUCUGUGCUUGGCAACAGUAUGACCAUUCACGUUGACCCGCCCCAUCCCGCUGGGACAGAAGUGCCCAAAAACCAAGCUUGCCAAAUGAUAUGAUAGUAGCCACCUGGAUCACUUUCUGUGCUUGCAGAGGCCUUGCAAGGGUGCUGCUCUUCCUUUCCUCCUCCAGCUCGCGCUCUCCCUUCUGGGAGACACUUGCCAGUGUGGUCUCCUGCACCAUGGGUAACAGCUGCGUGUGCCGCGAGGACAGCGACUUGGAAGACCACAACCAUCGGUCGUCGAGGGCAACCAGAGGACAAGCAAGGCGGGUGGAUCACGGUACGGGCGUUGGAGGCGCCGGCGACGCCGCAGAGGCGCUGAGCAGCAGACCCAGGGACCCGGUCAGGCCGCCGCGCCGAGGCCGAGGGCCUCACGAGCCGAGACGCAAGAAGCAGAAUGUUGACAGCCUCGUGCUGGACACGUUGGCUGUCAUCAGGACGCUGGUGGACAAUGACCAAGAGCCCCCCUACUCCAUGAUCACGCUGCACGAGAUGGCAGAAACAGAUGAUGGCUGGCUGGAGGUUGUGCAGUCGCUGAUUCGAGUCAUCCCAUUGGACGAUCCGCUUGGCCCCGCAGUGAUAACACUUCUGUUGGACGAGUGUCCCCUGCCCACCAAGGAUGCUCUCCAGAAACUGUCCGACAUGUUGAGUCUGAGUUUGGCCGUAGCGCGACAGGACGCUCUAAACCCAGCGAAGCACAGGAACACCACGGCCGUCCUGGGAUGCCUGGCGGAGAAACUGGCUGGCCCGGCGAGUAUUGGAUUGUUGAGCCCUGGAACCCUUGAAUACCUACUAGAGAGCCUCAGCUCUGAAGCCCACCCUACGGUCAUGCUGUUUGCCCUCAUCGCUUUGGAGAAGUUCUCCCAGACCAGUGAGAACAAGCUGACGGUGUCCAAGUCGUGCAUCAGCAAUCGACUCGCCGUGCUGGAGUCGUGGGCGGAGCAUCCCGACUACCUCAAGAGGCAGGUCGGAUUCUGCUCACAAUGGAGCCUCGACAACCUGUUCCUAAAGGAGGGUCGUCAGUUUACCUACGAGAAGGUCAACCUCACCAACAUCAACGCCAUGCUCAACAGCAAUGAUGUCAGCGAGUACCUCAAGAUCUGCCCCACUGGACUAGAGGCGCGGUGCGAUGCCUCGUCCUUUGAGAGCGUGCGCUGCACAUUCUGCGUGGAUUCGGGCGUUUGGUACUACGAGGUGACGGUCAUCACUUCCGGUGUGAUGCAAAUCGGAUGGGCCACCAAGGACAGCAAGUUCCUCAACCACGAGGGCUAUGGGAUAGGCGACGACGAAUACUCGUGUGCGUAUGAUGGCUGCAGGCAGCUCAUCUGGUACAACGCUCGCAGUAAACCGCACUCUCACCCCUGCUGGAAGGAGGGAGAUGCCAUCGGCUUCCUGUUGGACCUCAGCAAGAAGCAAAUGGUUUUCUAUCUGAACGGACAUCAGCUGCCACCGGAGAAACAGGUCUUCUCCUCAGCCACGUCCGGUUUCUUUGCAGCAGCCAGCUUCAUGUCUUACCAGCAGUGCGAGUUCAACUUUGGGGCAAAGCCUUUCCGUCACCCGCCGCCUGGCAAGUUCAGCACCUUCAACGAUUUCGCUUCACUGCUGCCCGGUGAAAAGAUCAUCCUACCGAGACACCGACGCCUGGCCUUACUGAAGCAGGUUAGCAUCCGGGACAACUGCUGCACGCUGUGUUGUGACGUCAUGGCUGACACGGAGCUGCGGCCCUGUGGCCACGGUGGUAUGUGUAUGGAGUGUGCCUUACAGUUAGAGACGUGCCCGCUGUGCCGCCAGGACAUCCAGAACCGCGUCAGACUCAUUGCACAUGUCUCCUGACAAUCCUCCUGCCCUUUCUCCAACGAGGACGGACACGGAGGCCCCACAGCGCCGCCCUCUUUCUCCAAUCCGCUCGCUCGCAGCGGGGCCACGGUCACCGUGCCGCCGGGCUGUGGUGAUGCCAGAACUGUGACUUCUGGUACGAGGAAGCAACAGUGGAGGGUUGGAGCAAAGAAAAUGAAGAGAUGAGCGGAAGGGUAUUUAAACCACAGCUGGAUCCCUAGGAACUGCAGAAAACGGGCCAAGAGUUGUUAACUUUCUAUAUUUCAGAAAUAAGGAGCAAAAUCAUAUCGUAUCUAUGAUGCGAGGAUCCCACUGCGCUUUCAGCCCACUGGCUACUACUAUUUAAUCCCAACGUCAUCAUGCGCACAUCUGCAGGUGUGAAAGGGCUGAGUAACCGAAAAGAUCACAGCCUGGCGUUCACUAUUAGACCCAAGGUACAGAUACUGUUAGCGAUCAUUUUCACUUUCAUGUUUUGUGGUGUAGAUAUGCUAAUUGUGGUGUUCUUGAGCUAGCGUCUUCCAUUCUUGUUUCUCAAGGUCAUACCUGCAUCCGUCCUUUUGGUCCGCUUCACUGUCCGUACUGAUUGGGGGAGACAAACAUCAUGUUGCAAAAUGUCCUCAUGUCCUCAAUGAUCUCAAAUCUUUAGAUAUGCAGAAAGGAAUUUUCAAUAUUUAAAUGUUCGGAUUGGGUUUACAAAUGUUAGAAAUUAACUCUUCUGUACGAUAAGUAACUGACUUUUUGACCCUGCUGCUUUUUGUGCUUGUCUCUUCUCAGAUGUAAUUUCCUCACUCUCGGUCAUGUAUGCAACAAAGACACCAAAUACAUACACUGAUAGCAAUUAACAGAAAUGUGAUCUCUAAAUGAAAUGACAUGUUUAGGACACCCAAUUAUGAGACUUAAUAUUUAAAGAUUAAAGAUGGAGGAAAUUCAAUCAUAUGCUUCUCCCUCACUGAGAGUACGUCUGGGAUCACUUGAUUGGUGUUAACAACUUGUCAACACCCUUUAAUGCGGUGCCACCAUGAGUUGGGCUUUUUUUAUGACAUAUAAUAGUGUUUUAUUAGGAUUGUUUUCAAUCCUCAAUGUGGUUCUUUUUUUUUCUUAAUGAUGGUGAACGCUGAUGUGGAAACUUGGUCGAGAAGCAUAACCGGUUUUGUUUAACAGUGUUGUAUCGGCAGAUCAGUAAAUGGCUUAAAACCAGUGUGGAAUGUUUAAGUGAAUUGUUUUUCUCCAAUAUGUUAUUUAAAUAUCCCAUGAUCGUUUUUCACGAUGUUGUCAGUUUAAGUCUGAUUUGACAGUGAAAUGCAUGACAAGAAUUAACAAAAAGAAACUUCCCACAACACUGUAAAAUUACCUGAACUUCAGAGCAGAAAAAAAACCACGUAUGUUUGACUUUCUACCAAACUCAGCAUAUAGAAUUAGUCCAAACCAGUCCAAUGUGGUGACCCUAUUUGUGCAUUAUAUCACAUAACAAUUACAUCUUGCUGCUCUCGUUUGGACAUUUCUAAACCGGUUUCCUUCGGGCUUUAUAAGAACCUCUUGUCUGUCCAUCAUUUACUUUAAGUGUUUCGGGGUUUGUAUUUUGCAGGUGUUUUCAAAUGAAUAAACUACAAUUCCUUUUGGUCAAAUAAUAUAUAAAUUGAUACUACUACACCAAAUUGCAUGAAUUGGAUCUGUGAAAAUCUUUCAGACUGGAAUGGUCUCUAAAAGGUAACGCACCUCUCGUUAGGAGACUAAGAACUGUUCCAGCCGCUCUUUGGUAUCUUGUAUUUCCUGGAGCGUCUAAUGCUGUACGUGCAGGUGAGAUAAACUAUGUUUGUCUCUCUGGCUAAACAUGAAAUUCAAGAUUGUAAAGAAUAUGUUGUUGAUUGUAUGUAAAACCUCUUUAAAGGAACUUGGCCCCAGAGUUCCCAAUGAUGUGAUUGAAGAAUUAUUGUUUGCUGGAUUGUGCUAUUUGUAAUAAAUGUGUCCAUGUGUUAUUUA